CUCUCUCUCUCUCUCUCUAGAGAGUCUGUCAAUUCAAUCCCACAAAUAAAACAGCACUCCUAAAAAUAAAAUUCCUUUCCCUCUCGAGUCAUUUUCGCUUGUUAUCAACUCCAACUAUUACAAACUCCCACUACUCGGAAUCGCUUCUACUUCACUCCCUCUCUCUUUCUUGCUUUCUACUAAUUUCCUUUCUCUCUCCAUUUCUCCCACCAUAACCUAACCCCAAAUCUAACCAUUUUUAAGCAGACGCCACUACUAAUAACAAAGUCAUUCGACAUUUAUUUUCUAAUGCUCUACGGUUCGAGCAUUAAAAUUAAAAUAAAUACUUAAGGAAACCCGUAACUGAAGUUUUUUGGAAGACGAGAAAAAAGAGAGAUGAUGGAAUUGGAGCAAACGAGGCCGGAGAAUCCGGCCAUGACUUUCGAUGAGGUGUCCAUGGAGCGUAGCAAGAGCUUCAUCAAAGCCUUGCAGGAGCUGAAGAACUUAAGGCCUCAAUUGUAUUCAGCUGCCGAAUACUGUGAGAAGUCUUAUCUUCAUAGUGAGCAGAAACAAACGGUUCUGGACAACCUUAAAGAUUAUGCCGUGCGAGCCCUUGUUAAUGCUGUCGAUCACCUUGGUACUGUGGCUUACAAGUUAACUGACCUUCUUGAGCAACAAGCAUUAGAAGUCUCAACCAUGGAGGUUAAGGUUUCUUGUAUGAAUCAGCAAUAUCUUACAUGCCAAACAUAUACAGAUAAGGAAGGUCUUCGACAGCAGCAGUUGCUGGCAUUCAUCCCAAGACAUCACAAGCACUAUGUUUUACAAAACUCUGUCAAUAAGAAGGUGCAUUUUAGUCCACAAAUACAGACUGAUGCAAGACAAAAUCAUUUUCAAGCAAGAUCCCGUCUUCAGCCUUCAGGUUCCCCAGCAUCAAAAACUCUUUCCUGGCACUUAGCUUCCGAGACAAAGUCUACACUGAAAGGCACUCAUGUUAUGACAAGCAAUGAAGAUACAAAAACUUCUGGAAAACCGUCUGUAGUUUUUCAACUUUUGGAUAAAGAAGAGAGUGCAAAAACAAGAUCUUCGGGAGCUCCAGCUCAACUAUCAAGUGGAGGUCCUGCAGCUGGUGCAAUCAUGCAAAAAUUUGGUGUCCCACGCAGGGAAUUGUCGGAUGGUUCUAUACCUUUGACACCAUUCAGGUCUUUUGACAAUCCAAGGCAUGAGAUUGUGCGUGCCCCUGUUCGCAGUAAAAGCAUGCUAUCAGCUUUCUUUGUAAAACAGAAAACCCUGAAGUUGAAGACUGGCUCUGUCUCAUGAAUCCUUGGUGGAGCAAGUGGAAUAUGCCCCGCAGCAGGCUCUCCUGUUGUGCCCGUUGGAAUUGCCAGUAAAUGUCACCAAUGCUUGUUGAUAAUGAGUUCUUUCCUAGCUAGCCAUUUUAUCAAAAUUAUAUUUUUUUUCACUCCAAUGCUUUAACUCGACUCUAUUGUGCAUAAAAAUCCAGUGAUGAAUACAAUAAGGAUUGUCUAGUAGCUGAAAUUUUUUCCCCUGGCCUUUGUUGAUAAUGUUUAGUUCUGAUUAUGGUUAAUGUCACGGCACAUUAUUAUGUCA